CAGUCAUUCCUUAAAAUGGAGGCACAAACCGCAAUUCUUUAAAUUUUUAUAGCAAUUAUUAGUUUCUACAGCAGUAAUGGAGGAAAACGAUGAAAGAUAUAGUCGUCGUCCAAAAAAUUCAGCAUUUAAACAGCAAAGACUUAAAGCUUGGCAACCCAUUUUAACCGCUCAAGUGGCAACAAUAUUUUUUCUUUUUAUUUUUGUUCUAUUUAUUACACUGGGUUCCGUUCUUCUUGUCGCUUCAAAUUCUGUCAAGGAAAUAACAAUUGACUAUACUAAUUGUAAAAAAAGUCACAAAGAACAAACAUGUGCAGAGUACAUUGAAAAAAAUGUGAAUGCCAAGCGUGAUAAAUGUGUUUGUUCUAAGAGGAUUGAGUUAAAUGAAGACAUUGACAAACAAGUUUAUCUUUAUUAUGGCCUCACUAACUUUUUUCAGAAUCAUAGACGUUAUGUAAGGUCACGGGAUGAUUCACAGCUACGUGGUGAUCUAAGCCGAUCUGUCAGUGGUGACUGUAAACCAUAUGAUGAAAACAAUAAAAGCAUAGCUAUAGCUCCUUGUGGUACUAUAGCCAACAGUUUAUUUAAUGAUACAUUUACUCUGUACCGCGAGACAAAGAACGAAAAUGAGACAGUUAGUUUGACGUUCAAGAAUAUUGCUUGGAAGUCUGAUCGUGAAACAAAAUUCAAGAAUCCAAGCAAUAUGGAUGAGUUUAAGAACUUUGCCAAGCCUCCUAACUGGAGAGAACCUGUUAAUGAAUUAGACGAAGAUGACAAGAGCAAUAAUGGUUUUAAAAAUCAGGAUUUUAUUGUUUGGAUGCGAACAGCAGCUUUUCCGACAUUUCGUAAACCAUAUCGAAAAGUUAUUCAUGAAGGUCCUUUCCAAGAUGGUCUACCAAAGGGAACAUAUGUCUUGAAAAUCCAUUACAAUUAUCCUGUGACUAGUUUCGAUGGUAAGAAAAGAUUUAUCAUCAGUAAUACGUCCUGGUUAGGUGGAAAAAAUCCUUUUCUUGGUAUAGCGUACCUGGUAGUUGGGUCUCUCUCAGGUCUUAUGUCUGGAGUGUUUUUUUUUAUUCACUUAAAGGUGAAAUCAAGGCGGCAUGACCAUGUUACCGACGGCGUUUCCUUGGGCUCCAUGCGCCAUUAAAUACAAUAUGAAAUAAUUUAAAUUAAAUAUAAAUAGAUAGACAGAAAUACUGAAAUUUUCACACUUAAAACUUGCAAUUCAUUAAACUUCUACUGCCAUAAUGCGCCUACCACAAUAUUUAUUUUGUAUCACUAAGUAAAUCUAUUCAAAAAUACAACGAAAGUUUGUUGAAUAA